AGUGUAAGAAGCGAGGGAAAAUAGGCUGUCCUGUCUAGUGUCCACUCUACGAUCUCCAUCGUCUUCUCUCUCUCUCAAAGUCAUCUCAUUUGAUCCACUGAAAAGCUAAGCAAAUUCAAAGCAACUGUGCAAUGUGGAAGCUCAAGACCGGUGCAGAGACAGUGAGAGAAGAACGUAACAAUGAUGAUGAAAGUGGUGGCAGUACUGGCAGUGAAACGUGGCUAAGAACUUUGAACGGUCACUUGGGACGUCAAGUUUGGGAGUUCCACCCAGAACUAGGCACCCCAGAAGAGCUUCAGCAGAUCGAAGAUGCUCGACGUGGCUUCUCCGAUCGGCGGUUCGAGAAACGCCACAGCUCUGACCUUCUCAUGCGCAUUCAGUUUGCAAAGGAGAAUCCAUCUUUUUCUACUAUACCACAAAUCAAAGUACAAGAUACAGAAGAACUCACAAAGGAGGCGGUAACAAUCACAUUACAAAGGGCCAUCAAUUUCUACUCAACAAUUCAGGCACAUGAUGGUCACUGGCCAGGGGAUUAUGGGGGUCCCAUGUUUCUAAUUCCUGGUUUGGUGAUUACUCUUUCAAUUACUGGAGCACUCAAUACCGUCUUAUCAAACGAACAUAUACGCGAGAUCUGCAGAUAUCUGUACAAUCAUCAGAAUAAAGAUGGGGGUUGGGGUCUACAUAUUGAGGGCCCAAGCACCAUGUUUGGUACAGCACUAAAUUAUGUUACUUUGAGAUUGCUUGGUGAAGGAGCUGAGGAUGGAUUAGAGGCAAUGGAACAAGCACGGAAAUGGAUCUUGGAUCAUGGUGGUGCCACUGCAAUCACUUCAUGGGGGAAAAUGUGGCUUUCAGUACUUGGAGUGUAUGAAUGGUCUGGGAAUAAUCCACUGCCGCCAGAAAUAUGGCUCUUCCCUUACCUUCUUCCUUGUCAUCCAGGAAGGAUGUGGUGUCAUUGCCGAAUGGUGUAUUUGCCCAUGUCUUAUUUAUAUGGGAAAAGAUUUGUCGGUCCUAUCACGUCCACAAUCCGAUCUUUGAGAAAGGAGCUUUAUAUGGUUCCCUAUCAUGAGAUAGAUUGGAAUGAGGCUCGCAAUCUUUGUGCGAAGGUAGAUCUAUACUACCCCCAUCCACUGGUUCAGGAUAUCCUCUGGGGAUCUCUAUACUAUGCCUAUGAACCUGUUUUUAUGCGUUGGCCUGCAAAAAGAUUGAGGGAGAAGGCUCUACAAACUGUAAUGCAGCAUAUCCACUAUGAAGAUGAAAAUACUCGGUAUAUCUGCAUAGGGCCUGUCAAUAAGGUGUUGAAUAUGCUUUGUUGCUGGGUGGAGGAUCCAAACUCAGAGGCAUUCAAAUUACAUCUUCCAAGAAUCUUUGAUUAUUUGUGGAUUGCUGAAGAUGGCAUGAAAAUGCAGGGUUAUAAUGGGAGUCAAUCAUGGGAUACUUCUUUUGCUAUUCAAGCGAUUAUAUCAACUAACAUUGCUGAAGAAUAUGGAGCAACUUUAAGAAAAGCACAUGACUACAUAAAGGAUUCGCAGGUCUUAGAAGAUUGUCCUGGAGAUCUAAAUUUUUGGUAUCGUCACAUUUCAAAAGGUGCUUGGCCAUUCUCAACUGCAGAUCAUGGAUGGCCUAUUUCUGAUUGCACUGCAGAAGGAUUGAAGGCUGUUUUAUUACUAUCAACAUUCCCAUCAGAAACAGUUGGGAAGUCGUUAGAUGUGAAGCGGUUAUAUGAUGCUGUAAAUGUUCUCCUUUCCUUACAGAAUACUGAUGGUGGCUUUGCAACUUAUGAAUUAACUAGAUCCUACCAGUGGUUGGAGUUAAUCAAUCCUGCUGAAACCUUUGGUGAUAUUGUGAUUGAUUAUCCAUAUGUUGAGUGUACGUCAGCAGCAAUUCAAGCACUGACAUUAUUCAAGAAAUUAUAUCCUGAGCAUAGGAGGGAAGAAAUAGAAAAUUGUAUUGCUAAAGCUGCAGAGUUCAUUGAAAAAAUACAAGCUUCAGAUGGCUCCUGGUAUGGAUCCUGGGGAGUCUGCUUCACCUAUGGUGGGUGGUUUGGGAUAAAGGGGUUGGUAGCUGCUGGAAGGACAUAUAAGAAUUGCUCUAGCAUCCGAAAAGCAUGCAAUUAUCUGUUGUCCAAAGAGCUUGCUUCAGGUGGUUGGGGAGAAAGUUACCUAUCAUGUCAGAACAAGGUGUAUACCAAUCUCGAGGACAAUAGGCCACAUAUUGUCAAUACCGGAUGGGCUAUGUUAGCCCUCAUCGAUGCUGGUCAGGCUGAGAGAGAUUCAACACCAUUGCAUCAUGCAGCAAGGUUAUUAAUAAAUUCUCAAAUGGAGAAUGGAGAUUUUCCACAAGAGGAGAUCAUGGGAGUUUUCAACAAAAAUUGUAUGAUCAGCUAUGCUGCAUACCGAAACAUUUUUCCUAUUUGGGCCCUUGGAGAAUAUUGUUGUCGAGUAUUGCAGGCACCCUAAAUGAUGUCACUUUUACCUUCUUCCUCUUUGUUUUUUAGUUUUAGUUUUUGUUGUUUGUAUUCCAUAAAUGUCACUUUUGCAGGCACCCUAAAAUAUUUGUUGUCAAGUAUUUUUACUAUUGCUUUCAACAGUUUAGUUUUCCUAAAAUUUUCUCUCUAUGUAUAUGACCAUUAAUGAAUAAAAAUAAUCCAAAUAUUUUAAUAA